CACCAUCGAUAGAUUUUACCGAAGAAGAGAGAAACGUUUGGCCCUCGAAUAAUAGUUCUGCUGUCCCAUUUUCUAUAUUUUUAUUCAUAUCGACAGUAUUUUUGCUCAUAGUGGCAUAUUUCAGAAAACAUGAAUGAGGAUAUUUUGACCACUCUGAAAAUACUGAUCAUCGGAGAAAGCGGAGUGGGCAAAUCCAGUCUUCUUUUGAGAUUUACAGAUGACUUUGAUCCAGAAAUUGGUGCAACAAUUGGUGUAGAUUUCAAGGUGAAAACCCUGGCUGUGGAUGGAAACAAAGCAAAGCUAGCAAUCUGGGACACAGCAGGUCAGGAGCGUUUUCGAACUUUAACCCCCAGUUACUACAGAGGUGCUCAGGGUGUCAUUCUGGUGUAUGAUGUUACUAGGCGAGAGACGUUUGCUAAACUGGAUAACUGGUUGAAUGAGCUAGAUACAUACUGUACAAGAAAUGAUCUUGUCAAAAUGCUGGUGGGAAACAAAAUCGAUAAGGAAGACCGUGAGCUAGAGCGAGAAGAGGGUCUGAAGUUCGCUAGAAAACAUUCCAUGCUUUUCAUAGAGUCCAGUGCUAAGACGAGAGAUGGUGUUCAGUGUGCGUUCGAGGAGCUGGUGGAGAAAAUCCUGCAGACUCCAGGCUUGUGGGAGAACGUGCACAAGACAAGAGGAGUUGCCCUGUCUGAACUCUCUGAAACCGGUCAAGGAGGCUGUGGAGGAUAUUGCUCACUUCUCUAACACACAAACUGCUGUUUAAACAGUGCAGGUUAGAUUAGUUAACGCAUACGUAUGCAGGAUACAUAAACCUUUUUUGGCACACAAGCAACACUCAUAUAUCAUGCUUAAAACAUUAUCAUUUAACAGGUCCGGCACAAACGAUAUAAAGACGAUCGCUGGAAAACUAGAUAAGCCUUAGAGGGGACUUUUACUACAUUUUUUAGUGAUGAAAUUAAUUCAAAGAACUCUAUUGAAAGCACGCUCAUCAUUUGUAUUCAGUAAGGGGAUAAAAAAAAAAAAACCUUGAUUACUCUAUUAUACCUCAGAUCAGCUUGCUUCUCAGUUUGUAUAUUUCUCGUAGUGUUUUACUUUGUUUUGUCCCAGUGCCUGUGUUUCUUAUUUAGGAAGAGGUAAACACUCAUCAGUUUAACUCGACCUUUCAAACUGCUGGAAUGAGACCUCAGUAGAACACAGAUUUCCAUCAACAUGCCCUCGCUUGAUGUCUGCAACGUGCGGAACUCCGUUCUUUCUUUAUCUGUCCAUCUUUGGAUCCCACUUUUUCCUACUGUCAAUUACUUGUUAACUCUCUUUCCUCUCUCUCGCUACAUGUAUCUGUCUUCAAUUCAGUUCUAUCAGUUCCGUCUCUGUUUCUCCACGUCCCUCUCUACAGAAUAAUAGAGUUACCAAGGAUUUUUGAUUUGUGUUUUACUACUUUUAUUGACCACAUAAAAAUAUGUUUUUGAAACGUUUAUAAAUCAAACAGAUUGGCACAAGAAGUCUCUGCUGUACUUAUAAAUGAGGGUAAAAAAUUACUGGAAUAGAUUAAUGAGAAUAGGAGUAUUUUCGCCUGCAGAUUCAUGGACAUUUAUUGUCUUGACAUGUCUGUCCAUCUCAGAGAAAGGAAAAAAUGUUUAAAAAUCCGUAGAGUGAGUCAUUAGGGUGUGACUAUAGAUGGCUGGUUUUCUCACACAGAGAAAUGGAACAAAAGAACAAAUUUAGAAAUAAUAAAUGUUCGCCAAAAAAAUCUAUGACACUUGACAGCGAUGCCAAAGGAAUAUUUCCAUUCUCCUGGUUUAAUCUGCACUAUCCGAUCUGGACUAUUUAGUCUGUUAUGUUUGUUUUAGAGAAACAUCCAGGGGGUCCCAGAUGUCUGGUCUUGUGUUCGUAGCUUAAAAACUGGGUGGUAAAGUCCUGUUGAGAGCCAACCUCAGUUACAGCAGUUUCAGAAAGUGUGUGGCACAUAUGGAAGGAAACGCUGGGUUUGUAUAUACACCCACAGAGUAUUUUCAUUUUUGCGCAUUUAUGCAUUCCUUUUCACUUGUUUUGAAAAUGCAAAUUAUUAGCAAUUAUCAAUGUAUCGUAUAGUUUCCAGUUGCAUGCAGUGAUGUCUUCUGUGCUUUUUAUGGCAGUUAUAUGUAAUGGUUUAUGUUUUGACCAAUCACUGCAUAUCAAAAUCAUCCCAUAUUUCCAUUGAUCUGAGAUCUGACUUUAACUAAUUUUAAUUUGGAUUCCUUACAUAAUCAUAUUUCUCUAUUUGUGUGUAAGUUCAAAUGUAAAUCCAAUGCAUUUAUGCAAUAUUGCAUACUGUUAUUGCACAUUCAUUGCUGUAUGUAAAUAUUUGCUGAUGAUGGUCAUAAAUACAUUGUAAUGUUGAUGUUUGACACUAUAAUGCUGCACUUGAAAUGACAAUAUUUUGUCUUUGAAUACCUUUUUCCCUCUCUCUUUCACUUUCUCUCAUACUUUUUCCAGCAGUGAGUUCUUGUUAAAUAUGACCCACCACAGGAAUGUAUCUCUCCAGGCCUCUGCGAUUUCACCGUUUCUCGUUACAUUUCUGCGUGAAUGCUGUAGUGACUGAAGUGUUUGCUUAUUCAUGUGUUCAGAUGGCAUCUUCAUAUGGUUGCCGCACCCGUCCGAUGUGGAUGAAUCCAAAUUAUUGCAUUUGCACAGACAGGCAGGUCCAGUAACCAUAGUGAUUGCAGGUUUUUCAGUCUUCGUAGCCGUUUGACCAGGAGGUGCGUAAUUCCAAGUUGACAAAUGAAAGCCUAGUCGAAAGCACUUCUUGGAUUAAGUAAAAAAUGAUUUGAAGAAAGUAUGUGUCGAUCAUACAUCAACGACGCUUUGCGGUGUCUAUACUGUAUUGUUCUUAUAUGACUGGCUGUCCAUACUAGUCCUGUAAUUCAGUACGUUAUAUUUCCCCUGAAGACUUCUCUAAACGCUCCCACCUGCCAGUUUCACCUUUCUCUUGGACGAGGAAGGGAUAUUCCAGGCACAAUAUUAUAAUUGUAUAAUAUAAUACUGAGGCCUAAUUACUCUGCUGGUUAGGGUAGCUAAAAGCCUGGUUUGGACCAAUAUGCUGAGGAUCAGUGUUCAAAAUUAAACAUGUGCGGGUGACCAGCCAUUCUGGUCUUUUCAGGGUAAGGAUAUAAAUCAGCUUUCUUAGGUCCCUGUGUUGAGUUUUUAAUGCUGUGUUCCUUUCUGUUCAGCCAUUUCAGGUAAUUCAAUUACAGUAAAUUAUUGUUUGUUUGCAUUAUCUGCUUAUUUUAGGCUGAAAUCUGGAAUUUCAUGAAAAAGGUUUCAAAAUCUGAACUGUUAAUUUUAUCUUAAUGCAUAAUACAAAAAUAACUUUACAAGUUGCUGAGGUCUGAGGCAGUGUAAAUAUCCGACAUAUUAAUUUUAGUCAGAUUUAGACUGACUAAAAUGGCAUCUAAUUUUAAACGGUGAAAAUGAGUUUUUGCCUUUAUUAUGGCAGGAUAGUGGAGAGCAGACAGGAAACAAAGUGGGAGAGUGAGGGGGAGGGAUCGGGAAAGGUCCUCGAGUCGGGAUUCGAACUUGGAACGCCUGUAUGUUGGCACACUCGCCUACGAGGCUAUGAGCACCGAUUUAUGUGUAAAUAUGUGAUUAAUGUCAUAUAGGAUGUGUUUGGGUUAAUUAAUCGCUAACAAGGUGCUUCAGUUUUCCAUUUUUGAUUUACUGUUCUGCCUCAGCAAUCAGAUAUUAUUGAUAGUCAGCCUUUCUGUAUUUUAUCAAGAAACAUUGUCAGUGCAUUUUUAAUGUUUGUUUUUGAAUUUGUGUUGCCUUUUGUGGCGAUACAGUAAUGAUUGACUGUUGAAGAUCCUUAAGUUCUGUUUUCACUCGUUACACCAAAUCAGGCGCUUAUAUCUGUACAUUUCUGCAUAGGCCAUCAGCCCAUGUCUCAUUAACUACUGUCUUUUAUUCUUUCUUUGCUCUCUCUCUCUCGUGCAUGGCUCAGUUCUCAGACGGCCUCUCUGUGGGCUCAUCACACUGUCCUCCAUGAGAUCAUUAUGAGACUGCAGUGGUGGUUUCAUAAGGUGUCGAGUUCCCCAAACGUCACUGCAUUUGGCCUGCUCACACACCCUGCUCGUUAUCAGUCUGAUUGAUUUGCCGUAUCGGCCGGGGGAACGGAGCCAAAGCAGUUGUGGGUCGGAGGAUGGCUUGUGGAAAGUGCACGAAGGGUCAGGGUUUAGUGAUGAUUUCGGAAUCUGUAUUUCACUCUAGAGGCACAUUUAGCGCAUCGUGCUGUGUAUAAACCGAAGGAACAUUUUCAUUAGAGUUCUACGGUAAAUGCAUCUUAAUGGGGGGUGAAAUGCGGGGUUUCUUUGUACCACAUAUUCUCUAGUUAUUGAUGGCAUAUUUGGCCAGUGUUGAAGCCUUGGUUAAGCGUGACAUUGGUCUGAAAAGCAAUUUGCUUGGCUGCCAUCCAUUUCCAAAUCGUUCUUAACCUAGAAUAAGACUCUAUCUGGAUCUGCAACACUAUUUAUGUUAAGUGUUAAGUUGAUUAGAAAUGUCUGUGAUAAUGCAUUUUUUGCAACAAUCCUCUACAACUGUCAUAAUCAUUCUCUCCAUGUGUUUAAAAUACAGGAACUGUCAGAAUAACACAGUUUAUUCUUUCUAGAUAAAUUGUUCUUCUGUCUAGUUGGAUAUAUACUUUGGAAGUUCACAGCUCACAAGCUUUUUGUGGCCUUUUAAUGCCAUUAUUGGAGCUCAAAGUCUCACUUAUUCACUAAAUUGUUCUUUUAAUAAGUUUUGGUUGGUUGUAAUAACUUUCACUAUCACUAUACUGAAACAUUCUAAUAACUUACAGCAUUACAAAUCUAUACACUGUGUAUCAACCCUGCACAAUCUGAUAAAAGCAAAAAAUUGUCACUGGAGCAGUACCCUCACUGCAUAUUACUAACUUGGUUCUAAAACUGGGGGUGUCCAACAAAGUGUCAUAGCAAUUUGUAUCUAUUUUACAUUUUGGUAAAUUGGUGGCUAAUUUUUAUGAAUUCGGAUAAUCUCAUUUGUGCGUUUCUGUAUGAUCUGUUUAUACCCCAGUGGUAGUUAUGCUUGCUUUUAUUCUAAGAAUUGAAGAUUCAUACUGUACAAAUUCAUAUGAAAUCACCCUGUAAAUAAAGAUCAGUUUGGGGCCUCAGCAAACUUCCAAGGAGGCUAUGGGAUGACUUAAAAUGUUUAAUUAUAUGAUGAAGAAUCGCAGUACAAAUGCUAAACAAACAAACAAAGUAAACUGCAAUAAUAUUCUUAA